UCGCUUGAAAUAGUUCCGCCCCCAAAGGAUCAUGGGUAAUACGGCUCCUUUCACAUCUCGCGGUACGCGGCGAAGGCUCGAAUGCGCUUCAGUAAAUCUUGCCGAAUUCGGGAGCGAAUGUUGGGAAUCCUCGACGCUUGACGCCCCCGAUCACGACUUCAGUGGACGAAAACAGCAUUCGUGCCAUCUUCGCGUCCGGUUGGAGUCGUCUGGUGCACGUGGAAGCUUCUCGGCCUAGCCUAGCCUAGCCUAGCCUAGCCUAGCCUAGCUUCGCUUCACUUGAGAACAAAGAGACGCGUUUGUGAUCAACACUUCGCCGAAGCAGAGAUCAAGCGGGACUAAAGUGUUCUUCUUUCCGCCACCUACUAGUCCGAUUAUCACUUGCUUUUGUUCCUCAUCCCUCCGACGUCGAGCGAAAAGUGUCGCGAUCGCCGUGCGAAAAUGCGUGCGAGGAGGACAGCGGAGCACGACGAAGAACCUUGGGCCCCGAAAGAGGAGAAGGAGCCACGAGGUCAACGACCGGACGCCGCGUUCGAUCUGCGGCCUCCAACUGUGCCACGCGGCGCAGAUAUCACUGAAGAUCUUCGUACUGAGAGGCAGGGUCCAGACCCCCCUCACAUUAAAGAGGAAGUGGAGGCCGAAGCGGUCCACCACAUCAAAGAGGAAGUGGAGCCCAUUUCGAUUAAAAAAGAGGAGGAAGAAACAUGCCCCCACAUCAAAAAGGAAGAGGAGGAGAUCGCCACCAAGUUUCCAUCGACCGGUGUCCCUUUGAAGAGUGAAGCUGAAGGUCACAGUGAGGAGACCGGAGGGGCGGAGCCUCCGAGCACCAGCUCAAGUCAACACAUGACACCAGAAGGUGACGGAGACCACUGUGGAGGUUCACGAGCAGACGGACUCUUAGCGCCACUGUCAGAUAGUGACGACACGACGUCACACUCUCCUCGCACCGAUGAUGAUGGUCACACCGAAAACAAACGAUGGAAAUGUUCUCAGUGUGGGAAAACACUUGCCAAUAAGAGCAUUUUGAAACAACACGUGCGAACGCACACUGGAGAAAAACGUUUUUCCUGCUCAGUUUGCGGCAAAAGAUUCACUCAGAAAGGAAGUUUAAAAAAACACACAAUAACCCACACUGGUGAGAAACCGUUUUCCUGUUCAGUUUGUGGUCAAAGAUUCAAUCAGAGGGGAAACUUAAAAAAACACACAAUAACCCACAGUGGUGAGAAACCCUUUUCCUGCUCGGUUUGUGGUCAAAGAUUCUCUGUCAAGGGAAAAUUACAAAUACACACGAGAACCCACACUGGUGAGAAACCUUUUUCCUGCUCGGUUUGCGGUCAAAGAUUCUCUGUGAAGGGAAACCUAAGAAGUCACACACGAACCCACACUGGAGAGAAACCUUUUUCUUGCACAGUUUGUGGUCAAAGAUUCUCUGAAAAGGGAAGUUUAAAAAUACACACAAGAACCCACACGGGUGAGAAACCUUUUUCCUGCGCAGUUUGUGGCCAAAGAUUCUCUGUGAGGGGACACUUGACAAGACACACCAAAACCCACACUGGUGAGAAACCGUUUUCCUGCUCAGUUUGUGAUCAACGAUUCACUCAGAAAGGAAACUUAAGCUGUCACACAAGAAGACACACUGGCGAGAAACCUUUUUCCUGCUCAGAUUGUGGCCAAAGAUUCUCUGAGAAGGGAAACUUAAAAAAACACACAAGAACCCACACGGGUGAGAAACCGUUUUCCUGCUCGGUUUGUGGUCAAAGCUUCUCUGAAAAGGGAAGUUUGACAAUGCACACAAGAACGCACACUGGUGAGAAACCUUUUUCCUGCAAAGUUUGCGGGCAACGAUUUUAUGAAAAGGGACACUUGAUAAGACACCGAAAAACCCACACUGGUGAGAAACCGUUUUCCUGCGCAGUUUGUGGUCAAAGAUUCUCUGAAAAGGGAAAUUUAAUAACGCACACAAGAACGCACACUGGUGAGAAACACUUUUCCUGCGCUGUUUGUGGCCAAAGAUUCUCCUACAAGUAUCAGGUUAAGGCACACAAGUGUGCCGGUGAGAAGAGCAGUGAUCAAGAUGCUUUGAAUGAAAAUGUAAAUGUUUCAUCUCAAAAGUAAUUCCUAUGUUACUGACUUACACAAAUCGACAUUCUUGUGUUCUUUGUGCCAGCUUUUAUGGUAUCUAUCUUCUCGGUGCCAAGAUACUUGAAAGGGACAAGGUCAAGGUGGGAACAUGGGCACUUAUUCCGUAGUGCUGGACUCCAAAACGUCGACAGAAAAACACUCCGUAGUCGUUUUAGAAUCGUUGAACGAUGAAAUGUUUGAUUUUCAGCCAGAUUGUGUCCCAUUUUGGACCCUGUCGGCCUGUCACAGUCCGACACGUAACAGGCAGGAGAAACGACAGCCACGCCGUCCCGCAUCAAGUCAUCCUUGCAGAUUCAGUUCCUCACACGCCAGCUCCACUUUGAAUUUAUGCACCACAAGUGUAUCGUAUUAUGUGUGUACGUGUCGAUCAAAUGUAUGUGGAGAUCACACAGGCGUUUCUGUUAACUGUAGCCCAGUUCAGGCGCUUCCCACAUUGUCGUCAUGUCGAUUGCACUUUUAUUUCUUGAAUAACAGAUACCAAUUCUAGAAAGAUUCCGAUUUGAACCCUGGGGUUACGGUUAGAGCAGACCCUGGGCGAUUAUUUUGCCAUGAAAAAUCUGAAACUUGAAAUCGGGCUUCGCCCCGUGUGGAGUUUGGUCAGGAUUAUUCUGUAAAUCUACAGAUACUUGCGCCACACAGAGACUGGAGACAAAGAACACAACCUGAAUCAGGAAAGGGGGAAGCCGUCGCUCUCUCAGCGCUCCAAAGUCUCCCGACGUCGCCUUCCCCUUUGCUCCGUUUAGAACAGCUCGAGUAGGCGGUUUCACAUUCCAUGACCUUUUCUGGACUUGUUGGUGUGGAGAUGUGGUCCGUGUCUGGAUGUGUGUCUCUCACUCAUCAUUUUGUUCUUUCUCCCCAAUUGGCAGGGAGUUGUCCGCACACCCAAUAGAAUCCAUCCAUUGCAAAAGUGGAUGACUAUGGUCAGGUGUAUACUCACAGGUUCUCCAGGUUACAUACAGCUUUUUCCUCUUCUAUGUAUCGACCGCUUAUGUAUCCCCGUUUCGAGCCAAUCUCCCCGGUGGACGUCUUUUUGCGAGAAACGGGUAUCGGGCUGUUCUCACAUUGGCAUUCUUCGAAAGCUCCUAAAAAUAGCCUUCCGCUUGUGGCAUAACAAUCAGUACAUUUGGUUUUGUCUGGGAGAUGUAGAUGGUCAGCCAUCGGGCCUGAGUCGUUAAUCUUUUUAAAUGUAAACAUUGUACCACAUCCUCAGAAUCGUCUUUAUUUGCCAGGUAUGUCCAAAAAACACACAAGGAGUUUGUCUCCGGUAGUUGGAGCCGCUUUAGUAUGACAACAAGACAGUCAAUUGACAGAGAACACUUUGGAGACAGAAAGACACUGACAAAAAAAAAACAGUCACUGAGCAGUAAAGGGUUGCUAGUUAUCUGGUAAGACGCAGAGUCCUCUAGCACUUAGAGCAGUUCGAAAGACUAAUAUUGCAAGAGUCCGGUGCAAUGACCGUUGUGCAAAGGGCGCCGAGACUUCAGGCGAGUAGUGCGAUAAUCUGGGACAUUGUCGAUUGUGCAAAUGUUGCCGAAUUUGAAGGAAAGUCUCAUUUUUCCAGCUAUGAGCUCUAAGUCAUUCUUCCUUUUUAUAGCAAAAAUCAACUAGACGUGGACGUCGAGUAGUUCAGUGACACUAUUUCCGUUCUUGUAUGGCUCGAGGAGAUUGGCAUUCUGGUACAAACGUAACCCUUCGACUCGUUGUUUACCUUCCCAAUCAUUGAAGCGUACCUGCGCCGUGUGUUCGUUCAGUCGAUAUGUGAGGACGUCAUGAUGUUCAUUUGACCCAAAUCGUCAUCUUCGAACAACAACAUCAAGAGCGUUUUCUUCCCUCCCAUGCUAAAACCAUACCCGUGGUGGAAUCAUUAACACCGCGCACACACAACAAUGCGAUACGUAAUAUUGCUCUCGGCGUUUCAAUUCCUGGCUUCCUCUUCCUGCGCUUUGUGGACGAUAUGAACAUUGGCACUUUUUAACUGGAUGUCUGAAUGUAGUCCUGUUUUCUCAACUAUGAUUGACAAAAUGACUUCCGUUGUCACUCCGAAAGAUUUGCGGUAUGCCAUGCUGGGGCACGAUAUAUUCAUACAAUGCCUUAGCCACAGUAAUAGCAUCUGGGUGAUUUGCUGGAACAAUUUCAAACCCAUUUUGAAAACACAUCCAUCAGAACUCGGCAAUAUUUGUAUUGUCCUACUUUAUUCACUUCAAUAAAAUCCAUAUGCACCAGUUGAAAAGGAGCCAUACUUCCUUUUAGCGAUGCACGUGUUUUCUCCAAUGUUUUACUGAUGUCAAUAUCAAACAAGUGAAUGAUUGAUUAAAAUAAGACUGUCAAGAAACGAACUUUUGGUGGUAAACGGUAAAGUGUAUUUGUGAUCCUUAAUAAAAUGCGCUUCUUCAAACAGCGAGACGAACUCAAUUCUCCCCGUUGAAAGGAAGUCAAAUGCCUUGAAAGUGGCACGAAGCAGGCCCAAAAAAUGGCAAGUCGAUGCGACACACCACAGAGAAGAGCAAUGGUAACAUGCCUGGCAAAUUGGAAUGCGCCAAACAAAUGGCAAAGUACUUCAAGUCCGGUUUCAAAACGGAACAUAAGCACAGCGAACUCACGAGUGAGAAACGACGAAACACGAGAGCUGCUUGUCAAGCGGCGGCGCGCCGGGCGACAUCCCGGCCACGGCCCCAGAUAACCGCGGCUCUGCCUUCGUCCACGUCUCCCGGUGUUGAGAGCGGGUCCGUCUUGAUUCUCCUUCACUGCUGCACAGCUCUUCGAUUUGAUUCAAUUUGGUGAGUGCAGAAAAAAAGAGCACAUUCACACGUCCUAACAUACUGCUGUCAUUUGAACCCCUCUGCGAUUCAUCCAAAUUGGACCUACGAAACGUCAACCCCCUCAUCCGUAUCCGAGGGGGGGGGAUGAAUGGAAGACCGCUUUCGAUACCCCCCCCCCCCCCCCCC